AUGACUUUGGCUAACAGUAAAUCCCAGUCAUUCGUAGAAAUCUUUGUAAGCACAUACGGUCAGUUCAUUUUCAAUUUCCUUGAAACUUCCUCGUUCAACACUAAAGGAACACAACUUUGGAGACUUAUCGCAUUGCAGUUUGAUCUUUGCCGCUGAGAGAAACAUACCAGACUGCUGGGCGAUUAAUAGGUGUUGCAAAUACGUAAGUACGCCGUUUGUACCAUUUACUGAUAUUGAAGUGCUUCUGAGAGUUUUAUAUUUUUAUCAAAUAGUUAGAAGACCACAACGAUCACUAGAUGUCGUAAAGUUCAGUAUGAGUUAAGUAUCAACGUUUUAGUAGAGUCUGAUUGGAAAUACUAUUUUCAUGUUAAAUGUGCCAGUCGGCUUGGGAAGAUCAAGAGUUGCCUAAAUUCGCUUCAGGAACAAAGCUUGUAUUGAUAAAGUAGACUAAUAGUGCAAGCUUAGUGUUGAUACAUGUACAGUGACUUGUAUAAAAAAUUUCCGAACUUUGAAUUUCUUUGUAGAGCUUAAUUUUGAAUUCUGGUUUGUGUGAUGAAAUUCUGAAUUAAUUUGAGAGCCCAAAGGUCUGAAAGAGGCUUUCCUUGUGUGGCCGCUGCUUGAGAAUCUUACAAAAGUAGACAACAUAUUAUUCACACAGGAAGUCUUCGCUUUCCCGUCGAAACAAAGCGAGGCACGGUUGUGGCUGAUGUUCUUCAUUCGUCGAAAAGUCAACUUUGAACGGACAAUUAUAGGACCCCUAGACCACUGUUGUUUCUUUCUGUAGACGUGUAAAUCCUCGGUAGCAGGGAUCUUAUUAUCCAUGAGCAUUAUUAUGAUUAUUUUAGUGAAUUGCGUGAAUUAAACGUUAUCGCGUGAAUUAGCGUCCGUUCAAUAUCAGGCGUUUGGCACUAUACUAAAUAUUUUGCGGGCUCUGCUAUUUUUCCGGUUUUUUGCUCUUUAAACCAUAAGGCACGUUUAAAUGCGUUGCAUAAAAAAUAUCAGUUUACAGAAAGAUGAGAAUCGAUAAAAUUGCACAUAAACACAUUCCUAUUAGCUCGCUGCAUAUCUUUUUACAGAUCUCUUCAAAUGGUAGAUUAAAGUAUCUCGACUGGAUUUUUUAGGGGGGAUACCUCCCAAGUUUGAGUAUUAACUAAGUCAGCAUGAGUAAAGAUAUGGGAAAAUGGUUACCACAACUGUAUUAUAUAAAGAUAAAAAUUUCUUAUGAUCUGGGUUUUAUUGCAAUCGGAGUAGCUAUGGUAACGUAAUGAGGCCAUUACGGUUUUUAUUUAUCUUUGUGUUUCUCUGUAGUAGGAAUUUUUUUAACAAAUCGCUUAAGGGAGUAUGUACCUGCAAUAAUUGCCUCAAUUAUGGCAAAGGUUGAACAAAUUCUAUGCGAGCGUUUUAGAAAUAUUUUGAAACGAAGUUUUAAGAAUCAUAAAAACAGUGAAAUAUCAUGCUAUCCACACAAUGAGCUAAUAGUUUAGGAAAAUGAUAAGCCUUGGAAACGCAGCUUCAUCUCAUAGUGGUUUGAUUCCAUUGAAAACUGCGUACAAAAAAAGAGGGGAAUUACUUUGGGCGAUCGCGAGUUAGAAGAAUGUUAUUAACUUGUAUUCAGCUGCUUUUGUUUUCUCCCGACAAUGAUGAGUACCCAAAACUAACUAACCACCUAUUUUUUCUCUUGCACAUUUUUCAUCAGAUCCCAAUAAAAAUGGAAUACACUUUGGAGCAAUUGAACUAUUUUAGAGCCUCGUACAUCGCCUUCAAUUUAAUCCCUGAAGGGCUUCGAACAGUCUUCAAACAAGAGUGGGAUUUCCUUUACGAGGCAACAGCGUUUGGGAAAUGGAAGGACACCCCCAAAAAUGGCCUCGAUUUCUACAACACAGAACCACCAAGGAGCCAAACCAAAAAUACUCGACUUUUAACGACAAUACAAAGGGGAAACACUGCAGAGUGGGACUGCAGUUGUCUAUUUUUUGCAAUAUUAUUCUCGAACACUAUUGGCAAUACAUUAAGUCCAGGAAUAAGAAAAGAAGUUGACGAUCUUCGACAAUUUCGAAACGAUAUCGCUCACAGAAAUGAGGCCGAACUUACCAAUGCUGAAUUCUAUAAUUAUGUUGCAAGAGUGUUAGCUGCUUUCACAUCAUUGAAACUUCCAAUUAAUGAAGUUGAUGAUAUUAAAAACCAGACUGACUUUCCCACAGCCGAACUAAAUGCUCUGAAACUACAGGCAGAUAGCCUUAGAGCUGACUUACAAACGAAAGAGCAAGAAGCCAAAAAUCUGACCUCAGAAUUACAGACGAAGAAGGAAGAAGUUGAGACCCUAACUCAGGAAAUUAAUUCCAAAAUUGAGUCGUUUUGUACCCUUACAUUCAAGCCAUCACAUCCGAUCAUCAGACGCUUAAACGAUGUCGCGAGAAUCAUGAAAAAACUGGAAGAACUACAAAAUGAAAGCAAAGGAGCCAUCAGCACCGUUUAUUUAUCAGGCAUUCCGGGCUGUGGCAAAAGUCAAAUUGCUCGUCAACUGGGACAGGAGUUCUUUGACAAGAGGUUGCAUGAAAGCAAAGGCCUGACAUUUGUAGCGACCCUUAAUGCAGAAACUCUCGAUUCACUUGCAGACUCCUAUUCAAGUCUGGCGAGACAUCUGGGAGUUACAGAAUACACUUUGACCAACCUCGAGACCUAUUCAAAAGGGAAACCAAGAGAAAAGAUCCAGUAUCUAAAGCGAGUAAUUUACCCAAAGACGAAACAAUUUUCUGAGUGGCUAAUUAUUGUGGAUAAUGUUGUUGACCUCUCUUUAAUUCGUAAUGAUCUGCCUCCUACCGGAAGUGAAGAAUGGGGAAAAGGUCAGGUGCUAAUAACUACUCAAGAUAGCAGCUCAAUACCCGUCAAUGCUCCACUUACUUACCAUGAGUCUCUCAGCAAAGGAAUGCAUCCAGAUGACGCGAUAAACCUGUUACAACAGGUAUCCCAAAUCCAGAAUCAAGAACAGGCUGAAAAGGUCGCUGAGGUUCUUGAGUAUCAGCCACUCGCUCUUGCAGCUGCUGCCUUUUAUGUGCAAACCGUUGUGGUCAACGGCUCUCCGAACUACAGCUGGACAAACUACAUGGAAACACUUUGCCGUGGCGAACGCGAAACAACCGAAGAAUUUCUUGCAAACCAGAACAUGGCGUAUUCCAAGACAACGACUACUGCCAUUAAAAUGGCAGUUACCAGAGCUUCAGAAAGUGAUGAAGUUUUGCAACAAGUAUUUUGUUUGUUUUCGCUAUGCGCUUCUGAGUCUCUUCCAUUAGACGUGGCUGUUGACUUCGUUAAAUUACGUGGUACGGAGAAAAAACAAGAAUUGAUCAAAACUAAAUUGUUAAAAUCCUCCUUAUUAUCUUGCUUGCGUGACAAUGACAAUUCAUGUACCGCUUUUCUAAGGAUGCACAACAUUGUUCACGAAGUGCUUAAGUCAGUCAUACCAUCUAAAAUCGAUUUAAAAGAUAGACUUCACAGCAUUUCUGUUAUGAUUGAUAUCUUUUAUUCUUUUUUGGAAAACAACAAGAAUCUGUUGCGUUCAAGUAGGCAUGUUUUUGCUAAGUUACGUAGAAUUACGAAUCAUUGUAAAGCAUUACGUGAAAUUCUUAACAGUGUUCAGUUGAGGAAUUCGGAAAAAAUGUUUAAUGCAAUCACCCCUUGCAAAUUAGUUUCGUGGCUCUCUUUAACUGCCGAGGUCUGCUUGGAUCUUGGUAAUCCAUCUGCCGGAUAUGUCUUUGGUGAGUCAGGCUGCAACUUCCUACAUUUUCUAGAUGAUUCGCAAAACGAUAAAUCAAUAAUGGCGUGCACCUACAAUAUACUAGGAAAAGCUUACAGUCACCUUGAUCAGUACAGUCAAGCUAAAGAAUACACUGAGAGGGCUCUUGCCAUCAGAAUAGAGAUUUACGGAGAACGCCACGGUGACGUAGCCACAAGCUACAAUAAUCUAGGAAAUGUUUACAGUCAUCUUGGCCACUACACUGAAGCUAAAUCACACUACGAGAAAGCUCUUAAGCUAAGAAAAGAGAUUUAUGGUGAACACCACGCUGUGGUAGCAACAAGCUACAACAAUCUGGGACAUGUUUACAGAAACCUUAGCCAGUACGCUGAAGCUAAAGUAUACUAUAAGAAGGCUCUAACUAUGAGAAAAGAGAUUUACGGUGAACACCACGGUGACGUAGCAACAAGCUACAACGACCUUGGAAAUGUUCACAGAAAUCUUGGCCAGUACACUCAAGCUGAAGAGUACCAUGAGAAGGCUCUUGCGAUGAGAAAAGAGAUUUACGGUGAGCACCAUUGUGACGUGGCUUCAAGCUACAAUAACCUGGGAGUUGUUUACCGAAACCUUGGCCAGUACAGUCAAGCUAAAAAAUUUCACGAAAAGGCUCAAACCAUAGCAAAAGAAGUAUACGGGGAACGCCAUGGUGACGUAGCAGCAGGCUACAACAACCUGGGAAACGUUUACAGAGACCUUGGCCAGUACAGUCAGGCAAAAACACACUACGAAAAAGCUCUAACCAUGAGAAAAGAGAUUAACGGUGAACAACAUGGUCUGGUAGCAGCAACCGUCGACAACCUGGGUAUUGUUUUCAGGGAUCUUGGCCAGUACAGUCAAGCUAAAGAAUACCAUGAGAGGGCUCUUACCAUCAGGAAAAAGAUUUACGGUGAACUCCACGCUAACGUAGCAGCAAGCUACAACAAUCUGGGAAUUGUUUGCAGUUACCUUGGCCAGUUCAGACAAGCUAAAGAAUACUAUGAGAAGGAUCUAGCCAUUAGCAAGGAGAUUUACGGCGGUGAACACCAUGGUGAUGUAGCGACAAGCUACAACAACCUGGGUACUGCGUAUAGUGACCUUAGCCAGUACAGUGAAGCUAAAGAAUACUAUGAGAAGGCUCUAACUAUUAGGAAGGAUAUUUACGGUGAACAUCAUGCCAACGUUGCAACAAGUUACAACAACCUGGGAACUGUUUACAGUUACCUGGGCCAGUACUGUCAAGCAAAGGAGAACCAUGAGAAGGCUCUUACCAUAAGGAAAAGGAUUUACGGCGAGAACCACAACGUGGUAGCGAACAGUUAUGCAAAUCUUGGCUGUGUUUACAGUGACCUUAAGCAGUACGAUGCAGCUAUAGAAUCUUUUCAAAAGGCUUUGCAAAUAUAUAAAGCGGUUUACGGCGAACAACACGCUGACGUGGAGAGAAUUUGUCGAAACUUAAGAAUUGUUGAAAGGGAACAAAGAGACCAUAGCAAAGUUGAGAUCAAAUGAUGUAUUGUCCAAGAAAAACGAGGAUAACAGCAUUACUAGCGAUUCCACAUUGGAAGUAAAACGCUACCCAGAUGGAAAAGUUUAACUACUGUUGAAACUCUCCAUAACGGCCACCUUGGGAACAGGAGAAAGUUGUAGAGAAGUUUACGCAAGAGUCAAUGUAUGAACUGCCCGCCCAUAAACACUGGCCUUUGUGGAGAGGUGGCCGUUUAUAUUAGGGAGCAGGUUAUAUUAGGUCUCCUUUUUUACAAUGCGCUUGACUUACGUAGAUAUUGCAGUGAAAGACCUUGAAAAAACAAACCUAACAGGCAUGUUGUACGGGUUAGUGGAACUUAUCUCAAAACGUAGAACUCACUGAGAUCAUAAAGAGACUGAAUCUGACUCUGCUUUCCUUUGAAAUUCGCUGUGAAAAAGCUAAAAUAUUGCAAUCAAAGAUUAAAUCCAGAAAUUGCUCAUGUAAAGUGCUACAACCUUUAGCUCGUUGAUG